UCCAUCAACUGCCGACGCGCGCUUCCUUCUUCUUCUCUCCUCGUAUCCGUUCCGCAUCGAGUAGCUCGAUGAGGAAGGGUUUCGGAGUACCACCCUUACAUUUUGAGUUCUUGCAUUCCUGACCCCUCAUACAGCUGACCCGCUGUCCAAGAAUAGUCGCUGUCCGUCAGUAUGCAGUGCGCCGCCGCUGCUCUUCUGCGAGCUAACACCCACCCGCUUCCUUCCCUACUAGCGAUUCGCUAAAAUCCACCGUUGUCAACAGCCAUCUAUCAUCCCCGAUUUCGAUUCCUCCAACAGUCCGCGAUCGUUCAUGUUGCCGAUCACGUUGCUCCACCAUGGCUUCCACCACUAACAGACGGUUCGCGAUCCUAGUCAUCAACCCGAACACUUCGACACACAUGACGGAUGCGUUAAGCCCUAUCGUGGAAAACCUCGCCUUUUCGGACAUCCAGUUCGACUACUUCACAGCACCGUCGGAAUCAGUCACCCUUCCCGAUGGUAGAACAAUCGAGGGCGUACCCAGUAUCAACUCUGGGGAGGAUUCGGCGAAAUCCGCGUUGCACUGCAUGCCCUUCGUGGAACCAUUGAUACCCAAAUAUGACGCCUUUCUUGUGGCGUGCUACUCCGCUCAUCCUCUUGUGGGUAUGCUGAAAAAGGCAAUUACCAAUCUGGAAGAUAGCGCUCUAGGGGGUGCCACGGAACCCGCAGCGACGAGGAAAUGUGUGACCGGCAUCUUCGAAGCAAGUGUUGUCACGUCGCUGUCUUUGAUUAGUUCUUUUCAUCUCCUCGACGAUCAGGGAUAUGGCAAGACCCAGGCGCAGGACACAUUCGGGAUUAUCUCCACAGGGAGUGUCUGGAAGGAUGAACUUGGCAAGGCGGUUGCUGAAAUGCUCGUCCGUUCCGGGGAUGGCGCAAACCCGACCCGCCGUUUCGCCGGCGUAGAAACGACGGGACUUACGGCUGUUGAACUACAUACCACACCUCCUGCGGAAGUGAAGCGGAGAAUCAGCGAGGCUACCGAAAAGCUCAUCAAGAGUACGCCCGACCCAUUGACUGCGAUUUGUAUGGGAUGUGCGGGCAUGGCAGGUAUGGAGGAAGCGGUGCGAGAAGGCUGCAUCAAGGCCUACGGACCGAAACAAGCGAAGCAGGUUCGAAUUGUUGACGGCGUGGUUGCCGGUGCUGGGCUGCUGGUAACGGCGUGCAAGGCGGGAUUUUGAUCGAGAGGCAAUCCAUUACGAAAAGAUAUGUAUGGUACUAGACAAGAUCCUGAACAGUAAAGACCCCUCAAAGCAUUAUAAUACAUCAAAUAAUAUAUUUUAU